AUGAAUUCGGGUCCUAUCGACAUAAGCUCCGACGAAGAAUCGGGCUGGAACGAGAAGGAAGACGAGGCAAUCUACGAUUGGAUAUCGGAACUUAUGGACAGCAUCGACAACCAAAACGAUGACGAUUCCGAUGAUGUUGUGGUGAUUGGUGAGGUCAACAUCAAGCCCAAGACCAAGUCUUCAAAACCGACGGUGACAGAUGUGGACGACGAUUGCGUUGUCUUGGAUGGUGACCCGGAUAAGCCGGUUUCGGUAGUGGACGAUUCGGGUAGCAACUCCGACGAGUUGCUUGUAGUAGGGGAGAAGGGGCAGAUAGCAUGCAGAGAUUACCCUCAUCCACGGCAUCUUUGUGCCAAGUUUCCUUUCAAAACUACCCUGCAUGAGAAGCACUGUGACCUUUGUCACUGUUAUGUUUGUGACUCUCUGGCACCCUGUGUACAUUGGGGCACUGGAGUCUCCAACGUUGGCCAUUGUCAUGCUACUGAUAAAGAAGAGACAUGGAAAAUAUUGAGGAAGAAUUCGAAGAUUAUGAAAGGUGCUCCAUUACCAGCUCCAAAAUUGCCUGCGGCUCUGCCUAAAAUUAGUCAAGGUGCACCACUUAAUAUUAUUCGGCUGGCACCUAGCUCUAUAUCACAGAAUCAGGUCUCUAGGCCAGCUACAAUCCGUGCUUGCUCCUCAGCCAGUCGCACUAUGCCUAGCGUCAGAAACCCGGGUAGAAGCCACCAAUCAGAAUUUAUUUUGUCUAAGAACCGAGCCCAUCCAUGUUCAGUUUCGAAGCAGUUGGUUGGUGCACGCAAUAAUGUUGUUGGGAGGAACAGAGGUCAUAAUAUUGGUAAUUUAGGCCCUCAAUCUGUCUCUUCUCAUCCAAUGUUCAAAAGAGUAGGAGCUGUUGGUGGCACCUUGCCAGUAAACCAAACCACAUUUGGUUCAGCAAAUAACAGUAAUUGUACCAGUCCAUCUCAAUAUGGCAGAAAUUCCGCUCCCAUGACAGCAUCAAGUGACAGAAAUCACUUCAGGUGGCAGAAUGUUCCUUCUACCGUGCAUCAGAACUCCCAGCCCAUGGCCGCAUUCGUUGGAAAUACAGUGCCUUCCCAACCCCAAACAUGUAGUCCUAUGGCCACUAUUUUUGACUCAGUUUUAAGCACAAAUUUUCCUGAUCAAGGCAAUCAAAGGCAAAAUAAUAGCCAAUAUAUCUCCCAGUAUGGGAAUCAAAGUCAGGAUGCCACUCAAGGUGGAUAUCAGUACGGGAAUCAAAGUCAGAAUUCAAGCCAAAAUAUCUGUUUGCAAGAUAAUCUAUGUGCAAGUGUUGCAGAUAUGGGUUUUUCAGAUUGUAACUUUAGUUGGGUGGACAAUUCCAGUCAAAGCAUUCAGCAUCCUCCAAUUCAGCAGCCUCCUUUUCAGCCGCCGCCGGUUGAAACUUGUCAAAUUCAAAGCACCGAGCCUAUAUAUGUGCCAUCUCUCGUGAAGGAGCAGUCUAAUGAAAUUGCUAAUGUCAGUUUGGACAGUCAAUUAACCUGGCUACUGGAAAACCAGUCUGUUCCAGCAGUAACAAGUGAUUCUGUGCCAUCUCAUCUAAAUGCCUUGUCUCCUGAGCCUACUUUUAUAGAGCCAGGAAUGCUUAUGUUUGAUUUCGAAACCUCUUGGAAUGGUCUCACACAGGUGUAG